UGCCUUCGAGUCAACUAUGAUACUUUUAAGAGAGUACAGCGAUUAUUUAUUAUACUGUAACCUUUAUUGCUUAAAUCAUAUCUGGGUUAUAAUCUAGGACAUGAUCACGCAGCAAUGCGCACUGUUUACAUCUAUAUUAACAUAACGUUAGCACAUAGCGUGUUUAUAUUUGGAAUAUGUAGGUUAUCAUAUCUAAAGUGUCGUACAUUUUAUCACCAUUUAACGGUCUGAACACGGGACUAGGUGCCAUGUUCGACCUGUGCAUUGUGGGGGCGGGUAUGAUAGGGUCCGCGGCUGCCAGACACGCCUCGUUGAUCCCUGGGGUCAAACUCUGCCUGGUGGGACCCUCGGAACCGCAGAACAGGGCGAGUGUGGAUCACGGUAUUUUUGGUGCCUGGUACGAUGAAGGGCGGAUCACGCGGUGCUCAGACCCGGACCCUGUGUGGGCGAAGCUGGCUCAGGAAUCCAUCAAGCGCUAUAGGGAUAUCGAGCGGGCCUCCGGGAUCGCUUUCUAUUCUGAGGUGGGAGCACUCAUGGUUGGCAAGACCGAUACCUCAUACAUCACCAGCGUAUUAAAAGUCGCCGAUGAAGAGAACAUUCCAGCUAAACGUCUCAACAGCGCUGAGUUGCGGCAACAAUUUUCCAUAUUUGAGUUCAACAGUUCCGACAUCGGACUUUUCGAGAAUCAAAACGCUGGACACAUAAGUCCUCGAAAACUUGUUCACGCACAGAAGAUGCUCGCUAUGAAUCAUGGGUGCAGAUACAUUGAUGACGUAGUCACCAAAAUACACAGAACUGUUUGUAAAAGCGGGGACUACGUCAUGAGUGUUGAGACAAAAGGCGGAGAUAAGGCGAUAGUGUGUAAGAAGGUUUUAUUGGCCACGGGUGCGUUUACAGAGCUCAAUGCGUUACUCCCCGAUGUAAAGGUUGACCAGGUGCUGUGUCCACUCACGGUGUCCUUGGUCGAGGUCAGCAAAGAGCAUGCGGAGCAACAGCUCAAGUGCAUGCCAUGCGUGAUCUACCGCGGUGACGGCCACCAUUCCUGGCACAAAGUCAACCCCAAUUACAAGAACCGGGAUGUUGGGUUCUACAUGCUUCCACCCAUCAAGUAUCCGGAUGAACGCUAUUAUAUAAAAAUGGGCUAUGAUCACGGCACGGCUCUAAAACGUCUGGAGGGACCGGAAGACGUGAAAGAUUGGUUUCUGAACGGCAACCAUCAACUGGCCGAACAAACCGCUGCACUGGUCAAAUCUCUUUUCAAAGGUGUCUCGAUGUCACGCUGGCAUGGUGAUAGCUGCGUCGCAGAAGAAACGCCAACAAACCGCCCUUACAUCGACAUGGUACAUGGCCAACUGGGCGUAGCUAUUGGCGCGAACGGCUAUGCUGCAAAAAGCAGCGACGAGAUUGGUCGAAUGGCGGCAAUGAUGCUGUUACGCGAAUGGGACUCACCCAUACCACGCGACUUGUUUAAACUAAAAACGAUAACAUCUGGAAAACCAACUAUAACAAAGUCGAUGAUUUAAAUUCUUUAUAUUCGGAGUUAAUGAGGAUUUGAAUGAAAAAUGUUGAAUGAAUGCUGAUAUUGCACACUUAAUGGCAAUAGCAAUUUUUUAUUUAAUGCAUUGCUGUUUUAUGUGGGGAAAGAUCAGUUAUUUACAACUGGUAAUUCAAGGUUUUCACUCGUAUAUAGCUAUAUUAAAUUAUCACUCGUCAAUGAAAAUCGAUAAUCUACCAAAUCCAAUCAACAUCCUCUAUGUGUAUACAUGUGAUGUGAUUUGGAUGUGAUAUGUAUGAAUGCUUUCAUAAUUCGUUUUCGUCACCAGUAUAAAGACAAUAAUAACAGAAUACAAAUUAA